CUCUAAACCCUCUAAUAAAUCUCCCUCUCAUCCCACCCCACCAAACCCACCUCCCCAAGCUCGUCACUGUUAGAGCUGGUUGCUUGGGGGCAUUUAGCUCAGCAAGCACACUCGCAUUGUCACACACAUCUAUUCCUUUCGGUUCCCUCUCCAUUGGUACCAUCUCCAUGAGCAGCAACCACACGCGUUGCCCAUUGCCGCCUUCCUCGUAGCUAGCUCGCUAGAUCUCCCCAUCUAGCUCUUGAUUCUUGGCAAGAACGUACAAGAGAGCAGGCGGAGCAACAAGUGCGUGCUUGCGGCCGGCGGGUGGCGCGGCGAUGGAGCUGAUGACGUUGCUGACGCUGCCGCUGCUGGCGUGCUUGGCGGCGAUGCUAGCGCGGCUGCUGGUGGCGCGCGCGCAGCGGCGUCGGUGCUACCUGCUGGACUACGUCUGCUACAAGGCGACGGACGACCGCAAGCUGCCGACGGACCUGUGCGGCGAGAUCAUCCAGCGGAACCAGCUGCUGGGGCUGGAGGAGUACAAGUUCCUGCUCAAGGUGAUCGCCAACUCCGGCAUCGGCGAGGAGACGUACGGCCCGCGCAACAUGAUCGAGGGCGGGGAGGCCCGGCCCGACCGCCUCCGGGAGGGCAUGGAGGAGAUGGACGAGACCUUCCACGCCGUCCUCGACGAGCUCUUCGCCCGGUCCGCGGCGCCGGGGGGCGUCGGCAUCCGACCCGCCGACGUCGACGUCCUCGUCGUCAACGUGUCCAUGUUCUCGCCGGCGCCGUCGCUGUCGGCGCGCGUCGUGCGCCGCUACGGCCUCCGCGAGGACGUCAAGGUGUACAACCUCACGGGCAUGGGGUGCAGCGCCACGCUCAUCGCGCUUGACCUCGUCAACAGAUUCUUCAGUACGCGCGCGGGUCAGGUGGCUCUGGUGAUGACGUCGGAGUCGAUCGCGCCCAACUGGUACGCCGGCAACAAGAAGUCCUUCAUGCUGGGCAACUGCCUCUUCCGCUCCGGCGGCUGCGCCUACUUCCUCAGCAACGACCCGCGCCUCCGGUCACACGCCAAGCUCCGGCUCCGCCACGUGGUGCGCACCCACACGGGCGCCUCCGACGAGGCCUACAACUGCGCGCUGCAGAUGGAGGACGACGCCGGCCGCCCCGGGUUCCACCUGGGCAAGGAGCUGCCGCGCGCCGCCGUGCACGCCUUCAUCCACAACCUCCGCGUGCUGGCUCCCAAGGUGCUCCCACUCCCGGAGCUGCUCCGCCUCACCUGCGCCACCUUCUCCGCGCGCCUCGCGCGCAAGCGCGGCUACAAGUCGUCCAACCACCUCACCAUCCGCAUGAAGGCCGGCGUCGACCACUUCUGCGUCCACACCGGCGGCGCCGCCGUCAUCGACGGCGUGGGCAAGGGGCUCACGCUCACGGAGCACGACCUGGAGCCCUCGCGCAUGACGCUGCACCGCUUCGGCAACACCUCCGCCAGCAGCGUCUGGUACGUGCUCAGCUACAUGGAGGCUCAGGGACGCCUGCGCAAGGGCGACCGCGUGCUCAUGGUCACCUUCGGCGCCGGCUUCAAGUGCAACAGCUGCAUCUGGACCGUCGAGAACCCCGCCACCGACGCCGGCGUCUGGAAGGACCGCAUCCACCUCUACCCGCUCAAGGACGUCUCCAACCCAUUCAUGGAGAAGUAUGGCUUCCUCAAGGACCUGACCAUCGAUGGACCGAUGAUGUGAUCUACUUCCAUUCCACCGCGCUAUAGCUGCCCGGCCACUCAUCUUCGUCUCAAUUCCCACCAAAGCACAUACACAUCGCGAUUCAUUCUUCGAUUCGACAGGCUAAGGCAAGGACGAUGAAACUAGCUUGCUUCUUCAGCUUCAAGAUUAUAUAAUUCUCAAUGUCGCCAGUACUCGAUCUGUUGAACAAGUACUUAGUUAAUUGCAUUGUGAGCACAACAAUGAGACUAAGCUGAGGAUUCAUAGGUAUAAUAAGUAGCUUAUGAUUCUUUUGGUGGUGGUGGCAGCGGGAAGACGACUUACGUAGCAACGCUACUCCUUUUUCUUUCUUGAUCGAGUUCUAUCAUUUCCUGUUUUUUAGUUUGGAUUGGAUGCCCCAUGUCGUCGGUCAGUCAGUGUCGUCUUGUUCUUGUUUAUUAUAAACUGAGGAUGGUGGAUUAAAGUGCAACAUUUUUUAAUUAAGUUUAUUUAUUUAUUGUGUAAGGAUAAUAUAAUGGUUCUGUAAUAAAUAUCAUACUCUCACAAUGUAGAGAUAUUUCAUGA